UAACGGAUAUCCAUCUGUAUCUAUGACAUUUUCUCCACAUCCAAAUCAAGUUCAAUUACCGACCAACGGCAAUCAACUAACCCCAUCCACUCAUUUAACCAAAGAAAGGAAUGACAGGAGCAGUAGGAGUUGGGAAGGCACCGGUCGGGGUAGGAGCAUCAGAAGGCUUUGGGAGCGAAGGCGAGCCAGUGGGCUUGGGGAGGUCACCAAUAGGAGGGAAACCAAAGCCGCCAGCGGGCUUCUCGCCAGCCUUGGGGGUACCGGAAGGCUUGGAGGUCUCGGAGGGCUUGGGGAACUCGCCAAUGGGGAAGGGGAUGAAGUCGCGCUUCUCAUUGUCGCCGCCGAACAGCUUGGCGAGGUCACCGAGAUCGGGCAGCUCGGAGGGCUUGGGCAGGUCGCCCAGGCUGGGGAGGCCGGAACCAGAGGGCUUGGGGAGGUCGGAGGGAAUAGGGAACGGGAAGAGGCCGCGCUUCUCGGAGUCGGAGCCGCCGCCAAACAGCUUGGCCAGGUCACCGAGGUCGGGGAGCUCGGAGGGCUUGGGCAGAUCGCCCAGGCUGGGGAGGCCGGAGCCAGAGGGCUUAGGGAGGUCGCCCAAGCUAGGAAGGCCGGAAGGAAGGGGGAACGGCAGGUCGCGCUUCUCGGAGUCGGAGCCGCCAAACAGCUUGGCCAGGCCACCGAGGUCAGGGAGCUCGGAGGGCUUUGGGAGAUCGCCCAGGCUGGGGAGACCAGAGCCAGAGGGCUUAGGGAGGUCACCGAGACUGGGAAGGCCAGAAGGCUUGGGAAGAUCGCCCAAGCCAGGAAGACCGGUGGGCAUAGGGAACAAGCCACGCUUCUCCUUGUCGCCGCCGAAUAUCUUGGCAAGUUCACCGAGGUCGGGAAGAUCGGAAGGCUUAGAAAGGUCGCCCAAGACGGGGGAAUCGGAAGACUUGGGGAGGUCACCCAAGUCAGGAAGACCAGAGGGCUUGGGGAGGUCGGAGGGCUUGGAGUCGCCGAGGCCGGGGAAGGGGAAGAGACCGCGCUCGUUGACACGAGUGGGCAUAGCGAGAGCACAGCUCACGAAACCCACGGUAGCAGCACUGCUGAACUUCAUUUUGAAAAAGUGGUCAAAGAAAGACGCAAGAAGGCUGAGCUCCUAAAGAAUGGAAGGUGUGAAUAGUCACUGAAUGAAUGAGUGGUUGUCUGCUCGAGUCAAACGGGGAAUUCAGACGUCUUUAUAAUCUGGGAUGUCGUGACAGAUCGGGUCUUAAUAUCCCAUAGCAAUCGUCAUUUUACUGAUGCGAUUGCACACCUGCUCAUCCCGAGCCCAUCUCGGAUGGUGGAUACUGUUCGGGGAAAGCAUAUCUGCCGAUCAAGAAGAAGUCAUUCA